CGGUAGAGGAAGAUCCAAGCAGACUUGUGGAACCUGGGCACCCGACAUGAAGAUCUUAAAAGCCUGCACAGACCUACUUCUGAUGAAAACUAUUCUGUCCAGAGAACUACCUCAGUCCGUUUAUGUCCUGGGUGGAUUGUGUCACAUCCUGGGUGGCAACACCUUCCAGCUGAAGAUGUGCGUGGACUCGUGGCCCACAUUCAGCACUGCCGUCUGCUACCGUCAAAACCAGGACUUGGGGAGUGGGAGCAGCCUUGGAGACCUUCCUGACGUCUACAGCGUGUUCUCCAAGAACGUCUACAGCGUGUUCUCCAAGAACCAAGACAGUCUCAGGAGGCUUUUGGCAAAUGACAACGUCUUCAAGUGGGGGAAGAACCUUGAAUUCAAAGUGGAAAGCUGUCAUCAUGAAAUCCUAAAAGAAAUCACUCCUCUCAGAGGACUCCGUGAUGCAUCUGGAGGCAGCCUUGUUUACAUCCAUCACAGCCCAGACACGUUUCCCAGUUGCGCAUCCGAACCAGAGAUCGGGACUUUAAGCGAGUGCCACGCCGAGCUGGUGGUGGCACACCUGCCCUACGUCAGCAACAGGCGGUACGUGCACCAGGUGAGGCGUUACAUCAAACAUCUGCCCAGCUACUGCGUGCUGGACCGGAAGAAACAACCCGCGUCCUGGCUGCUGACGGACGAGUUCAACGAGCUGAGGAUGGCGUACACCCGUCCGGAGUACAGACACGCCGGUCUCCAGCGGCACUUGUUCGCCCGCAUGGUCCGAGAAAGGAUUUCUGCGGGUAUACCUGUAUACUCAGGUACCCAUAAAGAUAACGAGGCCGCCAAUAAAGGCGCGCUCGCGUUUGGUAUGACGCCAGGUGUGAAGACUUUAUGUCUGUUUACAUCUGAUGAUGGUGUCUAAAAACACUGGUACUGGAAGUAUGAGGGUGUAUUAUAUAACAAUGCAUAGUCACAUUGGGUAAGCACUCCAUUUAUGUGGAAAUAGCAUGGGUCCAAAUCCAUAUUUUGCAGCUUGGAUAUACUUAAACCUCACUGUCUCUGCUCCUGCCUGCUCCAACGUCUCACCCUCCCUUUGUGAUCACUUCUCGAAACAGUAGUUUAUCUUCUGUAUAUUCAGGUUAAAGAGGGGAAGGUGGUGAAUCCUAAUUUGUCCAAAAUCAUCGAUUCUUCCGUUAAUAAUAAAAA